ACCUAAUAGAUAUUAAAAGUUCAUAUUUUUUGCUUAAAUAGGUCUUAUAAAAUUUAAAUUAGUGGAUAUUAAAUACUAUUGGAACCCAAAUUUUGAAAACAAAAAUCCACCACAUACAACAAAAAUGGUAUUGCAUUUUUUUAUGGAACAAACGAUUGCCACUUAUUAGUUACUUUAUUUUCUUUUUCUUGUACCAAACUACCUGUAUCAAACCUUACAUUCCCAGAACUUGCUUGCUGCUCUUCAAACUCCUCGUCCUGUUACAUUUCUGCCUGUGGGGCUUUUGGUUUCAACAAGAGAAAUUCUCACAAUGUCUACAGCAACUGCGCUUGUCAUUUCCCCCUUUCGUCGGUUUUCAAAAAUUUCCAGUACUAAAUUGGAUUCCCAUAGGAAAUUCACUUCCCUUUGCAUUAGAAGACCCCCAUUAUCCCCAUUAAUAUUCACCAGAAUUGGAGCCACUACAGGCGAUAAGGCGGUGGGCGUCAGUUUUGAACAAGAAGAAGAAGAAGGUUUCGUUGAUGGGUCAUCAAGUUUUGCUUCUUCUGCUGGACUCAACGCCACUCUGAAUAGCUUGAGUAAGUGGCUGGUGGCUGCACUUUUUGGUAUAAUCUUCCUUUGGAGACAUGAUGCAGAAGCCCUUUGGGCUGCUUCUGGUUCUGUUUUGAAUUCCGGACUCUCAAUUGUAUUGAAGAGAAUACUAAACCAAGAGCGACCUGUUUCUACGAUAAGAUCAGACCCUGGAAUGCCAUCUUCUCAUGCACAGUCAAUCUUUUAUACAGUGACGUUCUGUAUUGUCUCGAUGGUAGAAUAUUUUGGAUUAAACGAAAUCACUGCAGUCAUUAGCACACUCAUCUUUGCAAUUGGCUCCUACUUUUCAUGGCUACGAGUUUCACAACAAUUUCACACAACCAGCCAAGUAGCCGUGGGUGCUGCACUGGGAUUCUCUUUCUCCGUUUUCUGGUUUUGGUUGUGGGAUGCAGUAGUCCUCAAGGCAUUUUUAUCUCAUUUGUGGGUUCGGAUUCUUGUUGUUCUCGGCACAGCAGCCAUUUGUGCUGGCUUUCUCCUAUAUGUGAUCCGAUACUGGGUUCUUGAGGAGAUCAACUUAUACUACUGAGUAAUACAUACUAACAUUGAACAUUCAUAUGGAAACUAACAAAACAAGGCUUAUAAUUUUCAUGAGAAAAUUAUCUCAACCUUGCUCAUUA